AUGGAAAUUAAUAAUGAAAAUUUAUUGUUUAUUAGCAAAAUUGAACCAUUUCUUGGACAUAAUGGAUCGGUGGAAAAAUGUUUACCAAAAAAAUUGCCAUGUAAUGAGAAUACUCCAUAUCGGACAAUAUCUGGUUGGUGUAACAAUCUCCAAAAUCCUCACUAUGCUAACUCUUUCACCCCUCUGAUUCAUCUUCUGCCACCAACUUACGAAGACGGAAUUGAUAAACCACGAUCAAAAUCAGUAACAGGUGAGUUGCUACCAUCCCCACGUGUUAUAUCAAAUACAAUACAUUUCGAUUUACCAAUCAGUCAUCAAAAAUAUAGCCUUAUGAUUAUGCAAUUUGGACAAAUUCUCGAUCAUGAAGUGACACAUUCACCAAUUCAACGUGGACCAGAUAAUGAAAUAUUAAAUUGUACACGAUGUGAUUCACAUCAAACUUUGUCAAUGCAUUGUAUGCCAUUACCGAUACCACCUAAUGAUCCAUUUUUUCCAACACAUGAUGAAAAUGGUGAACGACGAUGUUUGCCAUUUACUCGAUCAGUUCUUGGACAAUUAAAUCUUGGCUACAGAAAUCAAAUCAAUCAGUUGACAGCAUAUUUGGAUGGUUCAGUAAUUUAUGGUUCCACAGAAUGUGAAGCAAAAGAAUUACGUGCUUUUGUUGGUGGACGUCUUAAUACCAGCAAUCUUGGCACAUUUAAUACUGAAGCAUUACCACAAGGUGAUCAAGAACAAGAUUGUCGUUCCUCACCGCAUUUCAUGUGUUUUGUUGCUGGUGAUGAACGUAACAGUCAUCAGCCUGCACUUACAUCAAUGCAUAAUAUAUUUUUGCGAGAGCAUAAUCGAAUUGCUCGACAAUUAGAAAAAAUGAAUCCAGCUUGGGAUGAUGAACGAAUUUAUCAGGAAACAAGACGAAUUGUAGGCGCAGAAUUUGCUCAUAUAGUUUAUCAUGAAUAUCUUCCAUUAUUGCUCGGUGAUCAAUUGAUGCUCAAAUAUGAUUUGAACGUUCGUAAAAUUGGUUACUAUCAUGGUUACGAUAAUGAUUGUGAUGCAUCAAUAUCGCAUCCAUUUUCAACAUCGGCAUUUCGUUUUGGUCAUACUUUGGUCCGACGAUUUUUUUCACGUUUUGAUGCUCACUAUAACAAUUUCACUGAACCGGUUGAUUUGGUUGAAAAUUUCAAUAAUGUUGAAGCAAUUUAUGAUGGUAGACGUGGUAGCAUCGAUUCACUAAUUGUUGGCUUACUUGGUACACCAUCAAUGGCUUUCGAUAGGCAUAUUACCACCGCAUUACGGAAUCACCUGUUUGGCCGACGAGGUGAACCACUUUCUGGAAUGGACCUUAUAAGCUUAAAUAUUUUAAGAGGUCGCGAUCAUGGUGUACAACCUUAUAACGCUUUCCGAAAAUUUUGCGGUAUUGGUGCGGCGGAAGAUUUCUCCGAUUUAUUAAGUGAAAUGGAUGAAGCAGCUGUAGAAGGAUUAAAAAGUUUGUAUAGAAAUGUAAAUGAUAUUGAUUUAUUCCCCGGAUUACUCUGUGAAAGACCUAUGAAAGCCGUGGAAAUGUUGCAAUCAGAAGUUUGUCAGAAAGAAUUGAAACCUAUUUAA